UUUCGGAGAUUGGUCUAAAAUGUGCUGCUGAGAGUUAGAGGGGACCUCGCAAAUGGAAUUGGAUGAUGCCAAUGGAUUCCAACGACUGUGUCGUCAGCACCGUUGCAGUGAGUUCCCUCAAAUGUCACGUGACUCCAUCUGUGACUCUAUCACAGAUGAGCAGUUUAGUAAAGUAGGGGUAUACACAUCCUUCAAUAAAUACGUACACAUGCUGCGACUAGUAGUAUAUAUUGUAUAGUACAUCACAUAUGGUCUAAUAUAAUGGUCACUGUUUUGAAGUUUCGUUCGUUGUAAAUUGUUUACCACCAAAUAUGUACAUGAAAGUGUCGCUGUCGCCUCUCGUUUUAUAAUACAAUACAUAUGUAAGAUAUACAAGGUGUCUCAUAAUUAUUUUAACACCCGGAAGGAGAUAAUUUCUGAAAUCAUUCGAAGUAACUUUUUUCUUAGCGAAAAUAGAAACCGCGGCUUUAUUUACAAGUUAUCAAUGAAAAACACUGACCAAUGAGAGGUGGGAUCAGCUGGCGUGACACGACCGAGCGGACGAAGCCCAGUUACGUUCGAAAUAAUUUUCGUCAUGGAAUAAAAAUGCAUUUGUGUGCUAUGUAAUAACGGUUCAUGAUAAAGUGAGACAAAUUAUAUUGGUCGUCGGUGGGACUUGUUUCGCUUGCGAUUGUGCCGAUGUCGUGCUCUCUUGCUUACGCGUCGCUUCCUCUCUUUGUCUAAAACUGCGAGGGCAACACUGUUUAGCUCUGAAACGUCAACCAAUCAGAGGAGAAACAGUUUCUCUACCUGCUUCAUGAUUCUAAGCCGGUUGUCUUCGCAUGGGCUUACUAUAUAGCGAAGCACUACUAUAGUCAGUACAAGUAUGAUAAAAUAUUUGUAUUAAGUUGUGAGAAAAUACAAAUCCCAAUAUAGUAGUACAGAAAUAGUGAAGUUUACUAUGGAAAAUAUACCAGGAAGUGAGAAUAAACAACUUCCUCAUUCGAUGCCACCAAUGAUGAGCACGUCUCCAAACAGUAACCAUGGAGUUCCAGGAAUGGAGCCUCCUAAAAUGUUACCUAGUUUACUGAGCCUAAAGGUCAGUCCACCGAGCGAAUUACAGAAUCAAAAUUCGGUGGAUGACGGAGGAAGAGAAGUAGAUGGCGAUUCGAUGAAACUACCAGCGGCUUUAGAACAGGCUCUAGCUUUCAAAACUGAGAGAGCCAAAGAGGUAGGGGCAGAUCCUAACGAUAUAGUUUCAUUAGAAAAGUCAUCUAAUCACGAAAAUGUAGGGGAAGACCCGACACAAUUAGAUGACGUAAUAAUUGAACCUGAAGCAGCAACGGAGAAAAUAGAUGCAAAGUCCAAUAAAACUAAAAAGAAGAAAAAGAAAAAGAGGAGAAAACAUAAUAUAAGCAAAGAGGCAGAAAAUAAAAAAGACGAUAUAGAGAAUUCAAAACCUAAAGAUAAUAUGCCGGAGAUCGAGUAUAUUCAGGAGAUUCCCAGUAUAAAUGAUUUGGAACCGAUGUACCGUCAAUUUGCUAGAAUCUUUGAAGCAUUUAAAUUGACCGAACCUGAACCAAAGUCUGCCGAAGCGGAUAAAGGUGAACCGAUAGGACAGUAUCCUCCUGUAACAAAUUUACAAACAACGGGAACUGUACCUAGCAAAGUGCCACCGUUAGAUGACUUUGACGACGAUGCGAAUCAACCGCAACAACAGCAGGGAACCGGAGAAAAUGGUGCUCCGCGUCUCUCCAAGAGAAAACUAAAAAGGCUAACACGGUUGAGCGUAGCAGAACUGAAGCAACUAGUAGGUCGUCCCGAUGUCGUAGAAAUGCACGACGUUACUGCCAGGGAUCCAAAACUCCUUGUACAAUUGAAAGCUCACCGCAAUACAGUACCUGUGCCGAGACACUGGUGUUUCAAGCGGAAAUAUCUUCAGGGCAAACGUGGUAUCGAGAAGCCUCCUUUCGACUUACCAGACUUUAUAAAACGUACAGGAAUCACCGAGAUGAGAGCGAGUCUCCAAGAACGAGACGACACGCGCACAUUAAAAGCUAAAAUGAGGGAAAGAGCGAGACCCAAGCUUGGUAAAAUAGACAUCGACUAUCAAAAACUGCACGAUGCAUUUUUCAAGUGGCAAACGAAACCUCGUAUGACUAUUCACGGUGACCUGUACUACGAGGGCAAAGAAUUCGAGACACGUUUGAAGGAGAAAAAACCUGGAGAACUAUCCGACGAAUUGCGUACCGCACUUGGUAUGCCAGUGGGGCCCAAUUGUCACAAAGUUCCGCCACCAUGGCUAAUCGCUAUGCAACGUUACGGACCGCCACCGAGUUAUCCAAAUUUAAAGAUACCCGGUUUGAAUGCGCCUAUACCCGAGGGAUGCGCGUUUGGAUAUCAUGCUGGUGGCUGGGGAAAGCCUCCUGUGGAUGAAACUGGACGACCUUUGUACGGAGACGUGUUUGGAAUCUCUCGUGCACCAGGUGGUGAUGCAAUGGACGAGGAGGUCGACAGGGGCAUGUGGGGCGAACCUGAAUCAGAAUCAUCCGGAGACGAAGACGAGGACGAAGAUGCGGAGGAAGGUGGAGAAGGUGAAGGAGAAGGAAAGGAUACAGACGGAGAUGCGAGCGGGUUGGUUACACCCGGUGCAGAAGGUUUGAUAACGCCGAGUGGAAUCACAUCGAUUCCUGCGGGCUUGGAGACGCCGGAAACGAUCGAGUUGAGAAAAAAGAAAAUUGAAAGCGAAAUGGAAGGCGGAGACACGCCUGCUUUGUAUACGGUUCUACAAGAACGACGAACAGAAGGUCUUGGCGCCAGCAUGAUGGGUAGCACGCAUGUAUACGAUAUGACGGGUGCUGCAGGUGGUCAAGCACCUCCAUCGGUGAUCGCUGCACGACGUGGUGUAAGCGGAACAACAUCGGAUGGAAGAACGGAGAAAGAUGGAGCCGUUGAACUGGCAUUGGAUCCGAGUGAGUUGGAUCUAGACUCUGAAGCAAUGGCAUCGCGGUACGAGGAAACUAUGCGGUCACGUCAGGCUCAUUUGAGGAGAGAAGAUCUUUCGGACAUGCUUCAGGAUCAUGUCCAACGACAAAAAAGCAAACGCAAACGGCAACAAGGUCAAGACUCGAAAGCUUCUAAGAAGUAUAAAGAAUUUAAAUUUUAAAUUUAAUAAAUACCCAAAUUAUAUAUAAGAAUGAAAAUGUUUUAUUUUGACGGAGAGAAAAAAUACACAUUACCGAGACGAGACUA